AUGGUCUGGAACUUCCUGCAGCCUUCUCAGUCAAACGGACGCUCAGGCUUAUCCAUUGUGGCAGCCCCUUUGCGAUUAGCUCCCAGGCGCUUGCAGAGAGUCAAUAGCUGCAGCAGCAUCACCCAGAAGAGCAGCAACAGCAAUGGUCCGAGCACCAGCGCCGCCCGUGUCCAUCCCCGGCCCAGCAUACGAGAUGGGAUAGUCAUAGCUGUCGCCGCAUCAGGUUUCGCUGUGUGUGCCCUUAGCUGCCAGGGCAGAACAGACAGCAGCAGCGCCAGCAGCAGUAGAAUUGCACACUGCGCCACCUGUUCGACCCCUAAGGGGUCUCACGUGUACGUGUGGGGUUCCAACAUCGACGGGCAGGUGGGCGUUGGCUCAGCGCUGUCUGCUUCUCUCCCUGUGUUGCUUUCAUCCCUGCCCCUGAGGCCCCAGGAAACAGUCAUCAGCGUUUCAGGGGGGUCCCGCCACUCUGCUUGCGUGACGUCGGAGGGCCGUGUCUUCUCGUGGGGGAGAGGAGCUGCAGGAGACUCCGGGGGCCCCUCCGCUGCUGAGGGGCCCAGGGAGGUUUUGCUGCCGCUGCAGAAGGGGGACAGGCCGGUUUCUGUCUCUUGCGGUAACGGCUUCUCUCUCGUAGUUACGGAGAUGGGGUAUCUGUACACCUGGGGGAGCAACAGCCACGGGCAGUGCGGCCGCCCCCUCCACGAGGCCUCGAACCAGCAGAAGUUGGAGCCCAAGGCGGACAACUCCUUUUUUAAGGGCCCUGGUGCUCGGGAUGUCUUCGGGGGCCGGGCGCAAUCGUCUUCUUGGCUGCCUCCUGGGAAGGUAGCGGGCCCUUUGGCAACGCAGAAGAUAGUGGGGGCCUCCUGCGGGGAGCGUAUGUGCGCUGCAGUUACAGCAGACGGGAAUGUCUUUGUCUGGGGCGAUGCACGGACAGGGGGGCCCCUGGGAGGCUACAGUACCCACGGGAAAUGCCCUGCCCCUCACGAGCCUCGCCUGGUGCCGCUACCGGCCGAGGAGGCGGGCCCUACGCGAGCUGUCGCCGUGGCAUGUGGAGAGAGCCACUGUGUGGUGCUUAGCGAAAGGGGGUUUGUGUACUCGUGGGGAAGCAACUUCUAUGGACAGCUCGGCCUAGGGGGGGGGGCCCUCACGGUGGAGGCACCCCAGUUUGUCUCUGCUUUGAAAGACCAGCAGGUGGCUGCAGUUGCUUGCGGCGCGCAGCACAGUUUGUGUUUAACGAAGGACGGGAAGGUUUUUGUGUGGGGAUACGGCAAGGACGGGCAGUGCGCAGAGCCGACGCACCUCGACGUCUCCCUACCCCGACAGGUAGACUUUGGGGGCCCAUCUGGGACGCCUGCAGGAGGCCGCUGUACGCAGAUCAGUGGGGGAGAGGGGCACAGUCUUGCGCUGUGCGGAAAGGGGAAAAUCUUUGUGUGGGGCAGAGGCAGAGAAGGCCAGCUGGGCAGGGGGGGGCUCAUAGAGAGCCCUGCAGCGUCAAGGGACGCCCCCGUCGAGGUCGCCGUAGGGGAGGGCGAGCAAGUUGUUUUAGCUGCAUGUGGGGGCUGCCACACUGUUGCAGCGACAAUUCCAUCAAGUGCGCGAUAG